CUAGGCGGUCGGUAGCAGACCCUCGGCAAGCGCCGCGCCGUCCUCCCAACUGUCCACUGGUGAGAGCUCCAGAGGGCCUGCCGUUGCGCGCCCCGCCGCAGUCUGUCGAUCUCUCCCAGAGCAGCGGGGCGGGCUCCGGAGACCCAGCGCCUGCUGUCCGGGCCGGUCCUUCCCAGCCCCCACCGAGCCCACCCAGCGCCCUCUCAGGCCCAAACAGUGAAGAAGGUCGGGACCACGCCCGGAGAGAUGUACCAGAGCUUGGCACUGGCACCGAGCCCCGGACAGGCCACCUACGCCGACUCGGGAGCCUUUCUGCACGCUGCAGGCGCCAGCUCCCCGAUGUUCGUGCCGCAGGCUCGCGUACCCUCCGUGCUGUCUUACCUGCCGACGUGCGAGCCGGGCCCACAGCCCCCAGCGCUCGCUGCGCACCCGGGCUGGGCGCAGGCGGCCGCCGCGGACUCCUCGACCUUCGGCUCUGGUAGCCCGCACCCGCCGGCAGCGCAACCGUCCGGGGCCGCCGCCUUUCCCUUCGCGCACAGUCCCCCCGGACCCGGCAGCGGCAGCAGCUCUGGGACCCGGGACGGUGGCGCCUACCAGGGCGCGCUGCUGGCUCGCGAGCAGUACACCGCCUCCCUUGGGCCGGUGAGCGCCUCCUAUCCCCCAACGUACCCCGCCUACGUGAACCCUGACGUGGCCCAGUCUUGGACCGCGGGACCCUUCGAUGGCAGCGUACUGCACGGCCUGCAGAGCCGCGCGGCGGGCCUCCCAGGCCGCAGGGCCACUUUCGUGUCCGACUUCUUGGAGGAGUUCCCCGGGGAGGGCAGAGAAUGCGUCAACUGCGGCGCCCUUUCCACCCCGCUCUGGCGCCGCGAUGGCACGGGCCACUACCUGUGCAACGCCUGCGGCCUCUACCACAAGAUGAACGGUGUCAACCGGCCGCUUGUUCGGCCCCAGAAGCGCCUGUCCUCGUCCCGCCGUGCCGGCCUCUGCUGCACCAACUGCCACACAACCAACACCACGCUGUGGCGGCGGAACACGGAGGGCGAGCCCGUGUGCAACGCCUGUGGCCUCUACAUGAAGCUGCACGGGGUGCCUCGGCCACUGGCGAUGAAAAAGGAAAGUAUCCAGACUCGAAAACGGAAGCCAAAGAGCACAGCCAAGACCAAGGGCUGCGCAGGAGCCACAGGGAAUGCCGAGACCUCCCCACCUGCUCUCCCCAACACCGACACCUUGGCUGCCACUUUGAAACCAGAGCCAAGCCUGGUGUCCCCAAUGGGUGCCGGGCCCAGUGUCACCUCCCAGGCCCCUGGCCAGGUGGACGGUUCCCUGACCCCCGGUCACUUGGAAUUCAAGUUUGAACCUGAAGACUUUGCCUUCCCCUCCACAGCCCUGGGAUCCCAGGCUGGCCUCAGGGGUGCCCUGCGCCAGGAGGCCUGGUGUGCACUGGCCUUGGCCUAGGCCCCCAGGCAGGCUGGCUUGGGGAGCUUCCCAGACAGAGCCCACAGACUCGCCCACUGCUGGCAGGACUGCCGGGCCCACCCACCAAGAGAGGCCAGCCUCCUGGAGUCUGGAGGCGUGGGUGUCACUCAAUGUGAUGGUGCAGAUGUCCCAGAGCAAGAGGAAAACUGAGGGAGGGGCUCGAGCCCCUCCAGGCUGCACGGCCCGCCCACUCCUUGCUCAGCAUGUUUACAGGAAGUGACCGCUGGAAAGACUCCUGACCUCCUGUUAGGAAGCCAGGGCCCAGGUGAAACCCGGGGCCCAGGGCCGAGCCAGCAGCAGGAGCCCAGAAGCGUGGCGAGGGGCCUCCUGGCCUUCCGGCCUCCCGGUCUCCACGGCCCACAUUUGAUGGAGGGAGCUGUGAACACAGCACUUUGCCUCCCAAGGGCUCAGGCCCGAAGGGAUGGGUGUGUCGGCCGCUCACCGAACCAGCACCCCGUCCCCAGGGACGCC